AUGGCUUGGUCACAGCUGGAACCCACGGGUCCACAUUUGUCGUACCUCAUCAUCACCUCGUUUCUCAUCUUGUAUGCGUUGUUUUCGUUGAUGAUACGAAACCGUCUACAUCUUUCCGAACCCCCACUCGCAACCCUCUUUGGCAUUAUCGUGGGACCUCGUGGACUCGGUUUUAUCGACCCGAAUUCGUGGGGAUUUGGAGAUGAUAUCAUGCAAGAAACCACCCGCGUCAUUGUCGGCAUCCAAUGUUUUGCCGUUGGUCUCGAGCUUCCAGAUGGCUACAUCGGCAAGAAGUGGCGCGGCCUGCUCGUUCUUCUGGGUCCCGUCAUGACCAUUGGCUGGCUCAUCUGUGCAGGCUUCAUCAUGAUCAUCUUCGACGUGGACAUUGCGACUGCCUUGACCAUCUCAGCCUGUCUUACUCCCACAGAUCCGGUCCUUGCUGCCUCUGUUCUCUCAAACUCUCAGUUCAGCGAGCGUGUGCCGAAACGCAUCCGUGACUUGCUCAGCGCGGAGAGUGGGUGUAACGAUGGCGUGUCUUUUCCCUUUUUGUUCAUGGGACUGAGCCUGAUCACUAAGAGCACAGCGGGCGGGGUUUUCAAGAAGUGGUUCCUAAUCACUAUUCUAUACCAAUGCGUGGUUGGCAUUGCUCUGGGGCUUCUGCUUGGCUUCCUCUUCAACCGGCUCUAUCGCUUCUCGGAAAAACGCCAGAUGAUUGGUCCAGCGUCCUAUCUCGCAUUCUACCUCCUCGCAGCUGUUUUCUGCAUCGGUCUUGCAUCCACUCUCGGCGUCGACGACUUCCUUGUAGCCUUCUGCGCAGGCCGCGGCUUCAGCCAUGGCGGCAACUCACCAACAGAGAACACAACCCUUCCCGUCAUCAUCGACCUCAUGAUCAACUCGGCAUUCUUCGUCUUCUUCGGCGCAAUGGUACCAUGGGAGACAUUCCGCGCACUUGACCCCAUCACCCCACUCCGACUUAUCGGCCUUUUGGCAGUAGUUCUGCUCCUCCGCCGCAUCCCCAUCGUCUUCACACUAUACAAGUGCAAACUGCUUCCCCUCGUCCGUACAACCACCGAAGCCCUCUUCGUAGGCCACUUUGGUCCCAUGGGCGUGGGUGCGCUGUUUCUUGCCAUCGAAGCCCGGGCCCAGCUGGAGACUGAUACUUCACUCCCUCUUCCUCAACCACCCAAGCACUUGCCAACAGAUAGGCAGCGCACGGUUGCCAUGAUCUGGCCCAUUGUCAGUUUUGUGGUGCUGGGCAGCAUUUUUGUCCAUGGCCUCAGCACGUUGGUCAUUAGCGUUGGCGGACACUUUUCUCGUCGGGAAGGCGAGCGUGCACCAUUGAUUGGGGCGGAGAGAGAGGGGCUCAGCGGUAUGCUGUUUGAUGGGGACAGCGAGGAUGAGUAG